AUGCAAAAUCUCUCUCGCCGAUUCUCCACAGUCCCAAUUCACAAGCUUUUACCUCAGCAGCUUCACCAGCACCAGCCACAGCCAACCAGAUUCUUCAUCCCCUUCUCCGAGUAUCAGCAGAAGCGGAAGCUCUUGGAGCACAAACUCAUCUCUGAUCUAGAUGUCUGCGCCAAUCUCAGCCAAGUCAAGGAGGUUCAUGCUCACCUCCUCCGCCAUGGCCUCAGCCAGUGCUGCUACGUCCUCACCAAGCUCGUCCGCACGCUCACGAAGCUCGGCGUCCCAGUGGACGCGUAUCCGCGCCUCGUCUUCCUACAGGUCAAGUACCCGAACCCAUUUCUCUGGACGGCUAUGAUUCGCGGGUACACAGUUCAGGGACCCAUUUCGGAGGCGCUGAAUUUUUAUACUUGUAUGCGAAGCGCAGGGACUGGGCCUGUGUCGUUUACGUUCUCGGCGCUCUUUAAGGCUUGUGGGGAUGUGCUUGACGUGAACUUGGGUAGGCAGAUACAUGCCCAGACGAUUUUGGUUGGCGGGUUUGCGGCGGAUUUGUAUGUGGGCAACACCAUGAUUGAUAUGUAUGUAAAGUGUGGUUUUUUAGAUUGUGGGCGCAAGGUGUUUGAUGAAAUGCCUGAUAGGGAUGUGGUUUCUUGGACCGAGUUAAUUGUUGCUUAUACUAAGAUUGGGGAUAUGGGAUCAGCAAGGGAAUUGUUUGAGGGUUUGCCUGUGAAAGAUAUGGUGGCGUGGACGGCAAUGGUUACUGGUUAUGCCCAGAAUGCCCGGCCAAGAGAUGCGUUGGAUUGCUUUGAGAGAAUGCAAGGUGCUGGUGUGGGCACCGAUGAGAUUACGUUGGUUGGUCUCAUUUCAGCUUGUGCACAAUUGGGUGCAUCUAAGUAUGCUAAUUGGGUUCGAGACAUUGCCGAGAAAUCUGGUUUUGGGCCUACUGAAAAUGUUCUUGUGGGAUCUGCAUUGAUAGAUAUGUACUCAAAAUGUGGGAGCUUGGAUGAAGCCUACAAGGUUUUUCAAGGAAUGAAGGAAAGAAACGUAUUUUCUUACAGCUCAAUGAUUUUGGGGUUUGCAAUGCACGGCCGUGCCAAUGCAGCGAUAGAAUUGUUUCAUGAGAUGUUGACAACAGAGAUAAGACCUAACCGGGUUACUUUUAUAGGGGUGCUAACGGCGUGCAGCCAUGCAGGCAUGGUUGAUCAAGGUCGGCAGUUAUUUGCAACCAUGGAGAAGUACUAUAAUGUUGUUCCAUCAGCUGAUCAUUAUACUUGCAUGGUAGACCUUCUUGGUCGAGCUGGGCGCUUGGAAGAAGCUCUUGAGCUUGUCGAAACAAUGCCGAUAGCGGCCCACGGAGGUGUGUGGGGAGCACUACUCGGAGCAUGUCGUAUUCAUGGGAAUCCUGACAUAGCUCAGAUUGCUGCAAACCAUCUUUUUGAGCUUGAACCCGAUAGUAUCGGAAACUAUGUAAUGCUCUCUAACAUAUAUGCAUCAGCAGGAAGGUGGGCUGAUGUUUCAAGAGUGAGGAAGAUGAUGAAGGAAAAGGGUCUGAAAAAGAAUCCUGCGUAUAGCUGGGUCGAAACGAAGAAAGGGGUAAUUCAUGAAUUCUGUGCAGGUGAAACGAACCAUCCAGAGUACGCCGAGAUUAAGAAGGCAUUGGAUGAUCUUCUGAACAGAUUACAGGCUCAUGGGUACCAGCCAAACCUGAAUUCUGCGGCUUACGAUUUGGGGAUUGAAGAGAGGAAGCGCAUAUUAAUGUCGCAUAGUGAAAAGCUAGCUCUGGCAUAUGCAUUGCUCAGUACAGAUUCUGGAAGCACCAUAAAGAUUAUGAAGAACAUUAGGAUCUGUGAAGAUUGUCAUGUGUUCAUGUGUGGUGCAUCGCAGGUCGCCGGGAGGGAGAUUGUUGUGAGAGAUAACAUGAGAUUCCAUCACUUCAGUAAUGGGAAAUGCUCUUGCGGUAACUUUUGGUGA